GACUUUUCUGAAUGCCAAUCAUCAAACACUUCCAAUUUUCCCAACUUUGUUAUGUCAAACAAUUUAAACGAUUCAAACAAAGCUGUAUCUGUUGGCUCUGAUGAAGAAAAUAAUCAACAACAAUUUAAUUUAACAAUGGAAAAUCGCAGAGCCCGGACAGCUUUUAAUCAGGAACAAUUACGUCUGUUAGAGGAAGUAUUCAAUGUAAAUCCCUAUCCCGUAACUACACAAAAAGAAUGGCUUGUAAGAAAAACAAAAUUGGAUGAAGACAAAAUUAUAACGUGCCCGUUCACGUCGAAAAGCCCUUCAAAAUGGAGUAACAAAUUUUAAUAAUUUAUUUAUUGAGGCAAAUAAUAAUAUUAUUUCUUCAACAAUAAAAGCAAAUUUUUUAA